AUGGAAGGAAGGAUACUAAGUAAAAGAGACAACGCCAAAUUCUCUCAUAACGGAUAUUUAUUUGUGUUUGACCAGCGCAGCAAGAAGGAUACUUCAAUAAAGUUUUGGAGAUGUGAGAACAAGAAUGAAUGCAAAGCCCGUAUUCACACUAAAAACGAUGAAGUAACAAAGGAAUUGAAUCACCAUUCUCAUGGUAGUUCAGCUUUAAGCGUCGAAGUAGCUGAGAUUAAAACGAGUCUAAAGCGUCGGGCUGGAGAAAGCCAAGAUCAACCAGCAACAAUUAUAAAUUCUUGCACGGAAAAUGUUUCUCAAGCCACUCUAGGAGCCCUUCCAAAGUUGGACGCAAUGAAGCAAAUAGUAAGGAGAAAAAGAAACAAAAUGGACCUCGCCCCAUCAAACCCUAUUCGUGCUCGUGAAUUAGUGAUCCCCGAAGAGUACAAAAAUUAUGUGAAGAAUAAUGGUGAAAGUGAAAACGUUUUAAUAGCAGACAGUGGUUAUGAAGAUGAAAGAAUCAUGAUUUUCGGAAGACAGAGCUGGACUGCGUUUUUACUAGAUUCCGAGGUUUGGUAUGCUGACGGAACCUUCAAGUUAGCUCCUCCGUUAUUUGCACAAGUUUAUGUAAUUAUGGCAAGAAGACAUGGAGGAGUUCACCCGGUUUUGUAUGCCUUAUUACCAAAUAAAAGGCAUGCAACUUAUGUACGCAAGUUUCAAAUGAUGAGUGACGAAAUUCCUGGAUUAAACCCAAGCAGAAUAUCGUGUGACUUUGAACAGGCAGCUAUAUCAGCAAUGGAAGAAUGUUUUCCAGGAGUAGUGAUACAAGGUUGUUUCUUCCAUUUAGCACAUAACGUACAUAAGCAACUUAAACAAAUUGGGCUUCGAGUUUUAUAUAAUAAUGAUUCUGAAUUUGCUUUAAAAGCAAAAAUGAUCGUAGCCUUGUGUUUUAUGCCUAUUCCUCAUUUGGAUACUUACAUCGAUGCCUUGUCAGAAGACUUGCCGCAAGAGCUUCAAUCACUUAUUAACUGGUUUGAGGAUAAUUACGUUGGACGACCCAUGAGAAGAGGCAAUGGUAGGCGCCCGCCUCUUUUCCCUUCUAAAAUGUGGAAUCAAUAUGAACGAACCAUCGCUGGACUGGACAGAACUAAUAAUCACGCAGAAGCUGCGCUUAGAAGAAUAUAUGCGGAAUUAGGAGUUAAUCACCCCGUCUGGUCUUUGUCUAAAGACAGUCUACACUAUCAGUGGGCACCUGUGGUUUUGGAGUAUGGUAUUGGCCAGUACGUGGAAACUGAUAGUGUAGACGCCAACAACUGA